AUGUCAAAUAUAAAACAACACACUAAAGAAAUAGAAAUAAAGCUAUGGUCAUUAGAUGAUUCUCCACAAACUUCAACAACAAAGAACGAAACAAUUAAUGGAUUAAGAAAAUCUACUAAAAAUUGGGAUGAAGAUACAAGACGAAAAAAAUUCGAAAAAGUACAAGAUCUAUCACUUGUAAGUCGAUCCAAUGUUAGUAAUGACGAGCAUAGUUUAAAAAAUGUGAAACUUCAACACGACCUUUGGAAUCAUAUUCAAGAAAAAAUCUCCGAAGGUAUUAAAGAUGAAAAAGAUAAAAAAGAAUGGGAUCCUAUUGUCGAUUUGUUACGUAAACUUCGAGAAGGUGUCUAUGCUACUCAUUGGAGCUAUAGUGAUUACUCAUUUGCAAUAAAAGUUUUUGAGUUAUCUGCGGAUUGUUGUGUCAAAGCUGAAAGAUAUGAAGAACUUUCAAAGAGCUUAAUUGGACUGUUGGAUCAUUUAUACACUAAAAUAUCUACUACUUGCAGUCAACGUCAAUCUUAUUAUGUUGUGUUGAGUAUUUUAUAUCAUUCGUGCUAUUUACAAAAUUUAAAAUUAGCAUGGCGACACGUUCAUUAUCUUGAUUUAAAUACACAUGAAGGGAACUUUGGAAAACACCUACUUAAAUCGAUCUCACAGGAAAAUCCAAUUCACUAUUUUCGUUUAUACCAUUAUAAUCCUUAUUGGACAUUUAAGGUUCUUAUGAAUAAUUACAAUGAUGUGAUGCGACGAAAAGCUAUUAACACCUUAAGGAAAGCUUAUUUAUCGACGUCGAUUUCUUGGAUUGGACAAUGGAUAGGCAUUUAUCAUGAUAAUAAUAUUGUUUUAAAAGAAAUGGAUAGACUUGUAAAACCUAGUUGUAUUCUCUCAGUUGAUUAUGAACGACAAUUGGUUUAUUUUAAUAGAAAAAAGGUAGCAGAUCGGGAAAAAGUUAUCCCUAAUUAG